AUGGCCUCAAUGAAAGAACAAGUUGUUAUUUUUCUAGUAAUGUUCGUAAUAAUGGUAGCACAAUCUGAAGGUGGAGGAAUCGCAAUUUACUGGGGUCAGAAUGGAAACGAAGGCACAUUAGCUGAUACUUGCGCAACUGGAAACUACCAGUUCGUGAACUUAGCAUUUCUCUCAACAUUUGGCGCGCCUCAGUGCCCUUUUCCUGAUCAAUGGGUUGGAGGUGCAUUGGAAACAGGGCUUUUUGAUUAUGUUUGGGUUCAAUUCUACAACAAUCCGCCCUGUCAGUUCCAAUCAGGGGAUUUGAACAACCUCGAAGGUUCAUGGAAUCAAUGGACUUCGUCGAUUCAGGCUACCAAGAUUUUUCUUGGAUUGCCCGCCGCGCCUGAUGCUGCCGGAAGUGGAUUUAUUCCGGUGAAUGAUUUAACAUCAUCGGUGCUUCCUGCUCUUAAGGGGUCUGACAAAUAUGGAGGUGUUAUGCUUUGGUCCAAGUAUUAUGAUGAUGAGACUGGUUAUAGUGCUUCCAUCAAAACCGAUGUCUAG